AUGUUUAAAGCAGGCGAGUUGGACGAAAUAUUAACAAAUGUACAAGAUGAACAUAACAUUACCGCUAAUAAUGGAGACGAUAAUGUUGCUGCAACUCAAAUGCUUGAUGAUGAAUUUCGUGCAUUGGCAAUACCUGAAGUGGACACCGAUUUGAAUAUUUUUGAUGUUGAAGGUAACAGUGAUACCGCCAGAAUAGAGGAUGUUCGAUUUAUAAAACUACCUCCCCUAAUUAGCGAAAACGAUUUUCUCGCCGAUGUUAGAUCCCUUAAUAACAAACAGCGAGCAUACUUAAAUCACAUUCUUCAAAAUGUAGUUCAAAAAGUAAAAUUCUAUGAAUAUGUAGGUGGCGGUGCUGUUGUAGUUAGACCCAUUUAUCAAACUAUCACUCACAGACUUAACUCUGUUCCUGGUAGUAACCCAGAUCUACCUAAAGUUUUAUUAACCGCUCCAACUGGAAAAGCGGCAUUUGGUAUUGGAGGAUCCACAUUGCAUGCACUGUUUUCUCUUCCUGUAAAUCAAUUCUCGGGAGAACUGCUUCCUCUUAGCAAUGACACGGUUAACUCAAUAAUUGCAAAAAUAUUUGAUUUAAACCUAAUAAUUAUAGAUGAAAUAUCUAUGGUAGGGUCGAGAAUGCUAGGUUAUCUUGACGCUCGACUAAAGCAAAUAUUUAAGAACGCUAAUCCAUUUGGUGGCAUUUCAGUUCUAGCGUUUGGUGACUGUAAACAACUUCCACCAGUUGGGGAUAGAUGGAUUUUUAGUGACAACACCUCAAAUCCUUACGGAGCUAUUGUUGGUUCUAGGUUGUGGGAUCUUUUUCAGUUUUAUGAAUUGGCAGAAAUAAUGCGUCAAAGGGAAGAUUUAGCUUUUGCACAAGCCCUUAACAGAAUGUCAAAUGGAGAAAUGACAAUUGAAGACGUGAACAUAUUUAAAUCAAGAAUAGUACAUGAUUCGAAUGAUGUUCCAAUUGAUGCAAUUCAUUAA